CCUAAAAACACCAAACAAAAUUAUAGCAGCAAAUAACAUUUCUCAAAACAUUCAAAAGAAAUUUUAAAAUAUAAAAAAAUGGCGCCAAUUCAAAGUUGUGGAAUAAAAGUUGGGCACAUAGAUGAUGUGCAAGAACUGAAAAGGGCAAAACCGUCAGAAAUCCCUGAUAGAUUUAUCCGUGACACAAAAGAAAGGCCAACCCUUGAUAAAUCUAUCAAUCCCUCAUCACAUGAUUAUAAUCCUGCAACAAACCUCAACAUACCCGUGAUUGAUUUAUCCCAGCUUGCCGAUGGCAGCAAAGAUGAGUUCCUCAACCUCAUCACUGCUUGUCAAGAAUGGGGCUUCUUCCAGGUACAUAACAUCUCUCUCUCUCUGAAGGUGUUGGAGAGAGCAGAGAAGGUGGCGAUGGAGUUCUUCAUGAUGCCAUUAGAGGAGAAACAAAAGUAUCCGAUGAUGCCCGGAACCGUACAAGGUUACGGUCAAGCUUUCGUUUUCUCCGAGGAUCAGAAGUUGGAUUGGUGUAAUAUGUUUGCUCUCGGUGUCGAACCCCACUUUCUCCGCAACCCUAUUCUCUGGCCUUCCAAACCCUCUGAUUUCAGUGAGACGGUGGAAGUGUACUCUCGAGAAAUAAGGAAGCUAUGCAAGAAUCUGCUGAAAUACAUAGCAACGACACUGAGCCUAAACGACGACGUAUUCGAGGAAAUGUUCGGCGUAGCCGUACAAGCAGUGAGAAUGAACUACUAUCCAGCGUGUCCAAGACCGGAUCUUGUGUUGGGAUUAAGCCCACAUUCUGACGGAAGUGCCCUUACAGUUUUACAGCAAGGCAAAGGCAGUUGUAAUUCUGUUGGCCUUCAGAUAUUGAAAGAUGAUGUUUGGAUACCUGUUCACCCCAUUCCCAAUGCUCUUGUCAUCAACAUUGGUGAUACUAUUGAGGUACUAACAAAUGGGAGAUACAAGAGUGUGGAGCAUAGAGCAGUGACACACAAGGAAAAAGAUAGAUUAUCAAUUGUAACAUUUUAUGCACCAAGUUAUGAAAUUGAACUUGGACCAAUAGCAGAGCUUGUUGACAAUCACAACAAUCCAUGCAAGUAUAGAAGAUACAAUCAUGGUGAAUACAGCAAACACUAUGUCACUAACAAACUUCAGGGCAAGAAAACUCUUGAAUUUGCCAAGAUUAUUAAUUGAUUUUAUUAAUAAAUAAAUAAUUAAUAAUAAUAGAUUAAUGUUGUUUCUACUUAUGUAAAACUUUGUAUUAGGGUUGUGUAACAUCUAGUAAUUAAGUGGCUUUCUUAGGACUUUGUCUAUAUGAUGUAUAUAUACUUUGGAAAUUUGUUGUAUUAUAUAUAUGUUUAAUAUUUAAAUUAAGUUUGUUGGUGUUC